UGUUUGUGACUGACCAGUGUUGUCUUUGAGUGUGUUUGAGAUAGAGAGAGAAGGAGAGGAAGAUAGAGAGAGACAUGGCAGGAAGGUCUUGUUACAGAGAUGUGCUGCCAUUCACAGCCAUGGUGACUAUGGAGAGCACCAACGUGGGUUUGAACACACUGUUCAAAGCUGCAACCAACAGAGGAAUGAGCUACCAUGUCUUUGUUGUCUACUCUUACUCCAUAGCUGCUCUUGCUCUUCUUCCAGCUCCCUUCAUCUCCCACAGAUCAAGGAGGCUUCCUCCUCUUAACUUUUCCAUCAUGAGCAAAAUUCUUCUUCUUGGGCUAAUUGGGAGUUCAUCUCAGAUAAUGGGGUAUACAGGAAUCAGCUACAGCUCUCCCACGCUUGCUUCUGCUAUCAGCAACCUUGUGCCAGCUUUCACUUUCAUUCUUGCCAUCAUUUUCAGGCUGGAAGAAGUAGCUUUAAAAAGUAGAAGCAGCCAAGCUAAAAUCAUCGGUACUAUAGUUUCACUUGCAGGUGCAUUUGUGGUAACUCUCUAUAAGGGUCCCCAAAUUUCCUUCACUGGUCAAACACAAUCUCUUUUGCUAAACUCACCAGCUUCAAACCCAGACUGGGUCAUUGGAGGCCUUCUGAUAACAGCCGAGUAUAUAUUGGUGACACUAUGGUACAUUGUUCAGGCACGAAUUAUGAAAGAGUACCCAAAUGAGUUAACUGUGAUCUUCUUCUACAAUGUAAUAGUCAGCAUUGUAGCUGCCAUUGUUGGUUUGAUUACAGAAAGGGAUCCAAAUGCUUGGAGGUUGAGACCUGAUAUGUCAUUGGUCUCCAUCCUGUGCUCAGGAUUACUAAACUCAUUGUUGAACAAUUCUGUUCACACGUGGACCUUGCGUGUGAAGGGACCUGUGUAUGUGACAAUGUUCAAGCCAUUGUCGAUUGCCAUUGCUGUUGUCAUGGGCGUAACGUUCCUUGGUGAUACACUUUAUCUGGGAAGCCUACUUGGAGCAGCAAUUAUAUCUGUAGGAUUCUAUACAGUACUAUGGGGAAAAGCUAAAGAAGAGAGUGGUGACGACUCCGGAGCUGAUAGCCUGGAAUCACCAUCUAGCAACAAGGCUCCUUUAUUGCAAACCUAUAAAACCGAGAAUGUCUAGACCAAAAGUUUGUAGCAGUAUGUAUAUACAAGGUGAUCAACACCUAUUUGCUCACUGGAAAUGUUGAAUAUACAAUGGUGCUUAUGAGAGAUCAAGAUGCAUGCCUCGCAAGAAUCAAGCGAUACAAGGUACAAGAAGUUCUCAGCUGCAGAAGUUAAAGCCUCAUUCAUCCGCCCACUUUUAACUUGUCGGUUUUGAAACGGUUCCCUUUGUUAAGGGUGUCUUAUACAAGACUAAAGACCGGUAUGCAUCUUUGAAAGUGCCUAUAUGCCCUUCACUAUGUACAUAAGAUGUCCGGAGUAGUUCACUAUGUACAUAAGAUGUCCGGAGUAGAUUGAAAUCCAAUAUUUUCUGAGAAAAACAGCUGUUUCCUUUGAUAUGAUCAUGAUGAACACUAAAAAUUGUAUAAUUUUCAAUGGGAUUUUGC